UUGCUUUGUCAAGGUUUCACAUUGGUCAGCCGUUGACCACUGGGAAGGCGAGCGUCAAGUGUGUUCUCGGUACUGCUGUAGUGUAGUAUGGCACGAGUGAGUCAAGGGCUCAAGGCUACUGCGUUCCUGAGUGAAGUUCCCGUCUGUUAAGCGGGGUAGUCGACAGGACAAUUUUCACGCACAGAAAUCAGGUUGCACUAACAGCAGGUACAAUUCUUGUCUCCUGACCUAGUUGGGAAGGAGAUAAUCUCUUUCAUCUCUGUGUUCUGUGUCGAACAGGUUAAGUUUCCUCUGAGAUGCUCCGACCACAGUAGGGGAAAGCCCCAGCCUCCAUUGUCAUUCGUCUCACAUAUAAAUACAAUGUUUGACUGCGAUGCAAAUGCCUGAGAUCAGCUCUGCUGCGACCUCGUCUCUUUCAACAACUAUCCGGGUUCUCUCUUCAGCCACCGUCGGGUUUGUAAUUGACCUGAGUACCAUCUUCAACCGGACAGAUUCUGGCCACUACCUUCCCGCUGCUGGUGCAAGGGAGACCAUCUGUCGGCUCCAGAACAGUAGCAUCCCCUUUGUGAUCACAGCGAUGAAAACUAAGGUUACCGAGACAGAAGUUGCGCGAUGGCUGUCAGCACAAUUGGGUCUUGGGGUCAAUCGGGAAUGCAUUACCCUGCCCCAGUCACCAUUCAGAACCUUUGCCAGCACUUACAAAGGCCGCACCAUCCUCGCCGUGGGAAGCCAGGAGGAGAGAGUUCGCCGGUUCGCUCUCAAUUAUGGGUUCGAGCAUGUUCUUACAUGCAAAGAUAUUGCUAGCCGGAAACAUCGGGGACAAAUCGUCUCGGCUAUCUUCGUGUUCUGGGUUCCCAAUGAUUGGGAUCGGGAUACUCGCACGGUUAUCGACAUGCUGCUGUCUGACCAUGGGCGUGUUGGGACUCGAUUCGGAGGUUCUCUUGACGAACGCUUCUUCGAUACGCAGCCGACAUUGUAUAUUUGUAUGGCUGAUACAUCUGCAGCGGGACAUCAACCCGUUGUCAGGGGUGGCAAGACCUGGUUUGACACCCUCCUGAAGAGAUGGAGGGAAGAAACAGGAGGAUUACCACUCGAAUACUACGCCUGUGGCAUGGGGUGCGAUGGCCUGACAAUCCAUACUGCUGACAAGGUGUUGAAUGGAUACCGACAAGAACCCUAUCGUUCGCUCACCGAGCAGUCGUCGGCGGAGCAUCCGCGUUGACGUAAACAGAUUGGGGCUGACUGUCCACGACUUCGAUCCCCUCCUCAGACCGUGGCACGUGGCUAAAAGCCUUGAGAAGGCAGUUGAGUACGCCCUACUCGAGGAGUACUGGGACUGCAUCGAAGCUGGACUGACACCACUGUUCCCGAAGCCUGAGAGUGCAGAGACAUCGCUCUUGUG